GGACGUGAGGUUUCAAACUUUAGGACAGCUGGAGGGGCUUCUGCGUAAACCCAAGGAUGAAGUUCCCUGUGGAUGUCCUAGUGGCCGUGAGCCACUCUGAGCUGGAGCAGGAGGCGCAGAGCUACAUGGGGGAACUGCUGUACAGUAACAUGGAGUGUCCAGAACAGCUGACCCUCCCUGACUCCACCAAGGUGGACAUAAGCAUUUCCAGUGUGGGCUUGGUGCCUCUGUAUGGAUCCUGUGACACUCAGAAGGUCUUGGCCCUGUUUGCCCCAGCAGACCCCUUUACUCCAGUGGCUCUGUACCUCCUGGGCCAGUGGUGGGCUGUGGGUGAUAUCCUUCACACAGCAGACAGCUCUCGGGAUGGCCUGAUACAGGUGGACACAUUGGGCGAGAGGAUCGUUCUGUAUGUGCUCAACCGCAUUGUCUACAGAGUCCAGGAGAUGAGCUCAGAUGAGCUGCCCUUCCUCUGCCAUGGAGAGCAGGACUUUGCAAAGAUUCUGUGGAAAAAUGGACAGGCAGUAGGCUUCUACUCAGUCAAACCCACAGGCAGCCCGUGCAGCUCCUUCUCCAACCGCUCCUAUCCCCUGCCUGUGAUGGACUCUCUGUUUGUGAGGAAAUGUCAUCGCGGGAAAGGCUUGGGCCUGCGUAUGCUAGAGGAUUAUGUGGAUAGUUUCAAAGAGGACUAUCUAGGUCUCAGGUAUCCUCUGACCACAGCUAUGUAUAAAGUGUGCCAGUGCUACCUGCGAGCCUUCCCUGGAGACUCUGAGCUGUUGUGGGAGGUAGACAGCUCCAGGCUCAACCAAAGAACUUCUGUUGCCAGCAGAAUCCAGAACAUGAGUCUGACAGGAGUAUCCAGGACUCUCACAUACUCAGAAUCUGCAGUGACUGUCUCUGUACAUCACACAGAGGAGAACAUGGAGGAGAUUACCAUAGUGAAGGAUACUAAAGGCACUGGCCCAGCUGGACAGAAGAACACAGACGAGCAGUGCUCCGCAGACAUACAAAUCAGUGAGGAGGUGACAUUGCUGAGAUUAGUGCAGAACACUGAAGUGGUUCAAACUGAGGAGCUGCUGGAGGUCACUACAAAAAAUGUGAUGAGUAUUGUUGUUACUGAACUUGAAGAAGACACAGAGAUCGACCAAGUGACGUCUUUACUAAGGUCGCAGGAAGACUCUGAGUGGAAAAUGUGGCGUCAGAGGUCGAGGAGUGUCUUCAUUCUCAGGAAGAAUGCACAGAAGAAAACAGCCAUAAAACAGCUCCGCCAGAGGGCACAGUCACUAUGCAGAGAGUCUUAA